CUCAUUUUGUGACCCUAUGCAGCAACUGCAGACUCCAGUCUCAACUGUGACUGUCAGUAUGGGCCACACAAGAGCAGCAGGUUUUAUGAUAUUGAUUUUUCUCUACAAUUCCUCCACAAGAGAAAUAUUGACCUCUAGCUCUAAGCCUCUUGAGGCAGAAACAGCAACUUUAGUCACUGACUCAGAUAAUGUUAGAUGCCCCCCACCAUGUGUGUGUAGUUAUGAUUUCAGUGAAGAGUACAAUGUCUUCUGCAGCUCACGUAAUCUGUCUAGGAUUCCAGAGAUAUUGCCUACCAGUGUUCAGUCUCUAUGGUUAGAUGGAAACAACCUCACAUCUGUCCAAGCUGGUGUUUUCAGGAAUUUAACACAGCUGGAUUUCCUCAAUUUGCAAAGUAAUCAUCUCAGUAGCUUGGACCAACAUGCUUUUCAUGGUCUAAAAACACUUGCACAUCUCCACUUGGAAAGGAAUAUGCUGAAAUAUUUGGCACCCAAUAUAUUCCUUUAUACACAGAGCCUAGUGUUCCUCAGCCUCAACAACAAUCACUUUACUAAAAUUGAGGAUAGUCUGUUUUCUGGCCUCUUACAUCUCUGGUACCUGAAUUUGGGCUGGAAUUCAAUAGUGGUGCUACCAGACUUGGUGUUCCAUGAUCUGCCUAAUCUGAGAGAGCUUGUAUUGGCUGGAAAUCGACUAGUUUUCCUUCAGACUCCUCUUUUCUUUACCCUGAUGGAGUUGAGGGAAUUAGAUUUAAGUGGGAACUCACUGAGAGGAAUUAAAGCUAAUGUAUUCACAAAACUAAACAAAGUUCACAAGCUUUAUCUAAACCACAAUCAGAUUUCUACUAUUGCUCCUAGAGCCUUUAUUGGUAUGAAAUCACUUCGCUGGCUUGAUCUGUCUCAUAACCGCUUGACAACUCUGUAUGAGGACACUUUUUUUGGACUUUUGAGCCUUCAUGUUCUUCGACUAUCCAAUAAUUCUCUUACAGGAUUAAGGCCUAGAAUUUUCAAAGACCUCCAGCUUUUAGAGGAACUAAAUCUUGGCAACAACAGAAUAAAGAUCCUCCAGGAACGUACAUUUGAAGGACUGGGCCAUCUGGAUUAUUUGACACUAAACCACAAUAAUAUUCAAGAGAUCCGUCCAGGAGCAUUUUUAGGACUGAAAAAUGUUGCAGUGAUGAACAUUUCUGGAAACUGCCUCAAAGUUCUUCCAGAACACUCAUUUAAAGGGCUAAACAAACUUCACAGUUUACAUAUGGAGAAUAGUUGCCUUAGCAGAAUAAAGCCUCUGUUAUUUUCUGAUGUCUCUAGUGUCCGUAGGCUCUUCCUGCAGCACAAUGAUAUCUCAGCCAUUGAUGAUCUUAGUUUCUCUAACCUAGAGCACUUACUUGAACUUGAUCUCAGAUUUAACAAGUUAACCCAUCUCUCAACUAAAUCACUCAUGGGUCUCAAAAGCCUUUCAUACCUUCUUCUUUCUUCAAAUCAACUAAUAACAGUUUCUUCAGAAGCCUUCAGUCAAUGUCAGCACCUUAAAUGGCUUGAUGUAUCAGAUAACCAGCUAAAAUUACUGGCUGGUGAUAUAUUUUUUCAUUUGAACAACCUUAGGUAUCUAAGUCUCCAAAAUAACUUAUUGAAAUGGAUUUCAGUGGAUUUUUUGCAUUCUAACUCACAUAUGCAGCAGCUGUGGUUAAAUGGUAAUCAGUGGGAUUGCAGCUGUUAUCUUAAGGAGCUAAGAGACUUUUCUCUGAGGAAUAUGACUAUUGUCCCUCAACUGGUACAGUCUGUGCCAGAAGGUGAUGAAAGCAACACACUUAUCAACAUUUAUAACAACAUUACAUGUGCCAGUCCUCCAGAAGUUAUUGGACAGGAUUUACGGGACUUAAGAGAUGAACACUUUGCACACUGUUAGUUGCAUCAAAUACUGUUAUGAAGUUCUUAAAUACUGAGUUCCUAACAUUUUGCUGUACAGUUUUAUUUUGCAUUCCCAUCCAAUGUAAAAUGCUACUUUUAUAUGUAUGUUUAGGUAUGGGUGUGUCAAAAAUAUUUUAGUAUUGUAACUUUACAUUUUUAAUAAUUAAAGCUUAGCCUAUUUCUAAAGUGUCUAAAUAUAUAGUUCAGCUGUUUUGUUGAGCUUUUCGUCUGGCAAAGUUAAUUAACCUAUGUACUAGUUGCAGUACUCUUUAGUGUUACCACCUAUUGCUUGAAUUAGGUGGUAACACUAAAGAGAAAUAUUUUAAUUUCUGUGAGGUUUGGAUGUAUAUUGUUAUACAUUACCAUAUUACCACUACCUUUUACUUUGUUAAAGGGGCAUUAAGCACUAUGAUAUUAUAAUAUAAUGGCCCAUGUUACAAGUGGAGCACUAUUAAUAAGACAGGACCACGCAAAGGUUAGCUCGCAAUCUGGAGAAAACAGAAUUACCAGAGAAUGUUUAUCAUGGCCGACAUCCCUUUAGCACACCUUAUACUUUCAAUGGAUAGUACAGCCUGGCUAAACAUCAUUCAAAUUACAAGUUGUCUGUUAUGUGUUGCAUUUCAGCACAACAUAUAACAAUGCUGAGGACGAGAGGAAACCUCUCAAAAGCUUGUCUUUUAAAUAUCAUGCUAGUCCAAUAAACAAAAAAAGUUAAAUGUUUCUUGAGACCUGAAGUAAAGUAUUAUUAUUAUCGGCUAUUUGUAGAGCGCCAACAGAUUCCGCAGUGCUAUAAACAUUGGCUGUAUACAAGGUAACAUUUAUAGGGAUCAAAUGGGUAGAGGGUCCUGCCAAGAGUCACAAUGUUGCAGUCAGCUCUUAUGAAGGUGAUCUGCAAACAGUUGGGCUCUUAGGCUUACAUACUAAGGGGGUUCAUGUCAGAUAGUAAUGGAGGAGAGGAACUGGUUAGUGUAGGUUGUAUGCAUCAGUUCAGGGAACAGUAGAGUCUUUAGGGAGCUCUUGAAGCUUUCAAAACUAGCGGAGAGUCUUGUGGAGCGAGGCAGAGAAUUCCACAAGAUGGGAGCCAGUCUGGAGAAGUCCUGUAAACAGGAAUGUGAGGAGGUAACAAGAGAGGAGAAGAAUAGGAGGUCAUGAGUAGAGUGAAGGGGAUGGGAGGGAGAGUAUCUGGAGACAAGGUCUGAGAUAUAGGGGGGAGCAGUGCAGUUGAGGGCCUUGUAUUUCAGAGUCAGAUUUUUGUGUUUAAUCCUGGAGGCAAGAGGAAGCCAGUAAAGGGAUUGGCAGAGAGGUGCAGCAGAUGAAGAGCAACGUGUAAGGAAUAUGAGCCUAGCAGAGGCAUUCAUUAUGGAUUGUAAAGGAGCUAAACGGCAGCUAGGGAGACCAGAAAGGACAGAGUUGCAAUAGUCGAGGCGGGAAAGGAUCAGAGAGUGGAUUCAAAUCAUAGUUGUGUAUUGUGUAAGGAAAUGUCUAAUUUUAGACAUGUUUUUAAUGUGGAAGCGGCAGGAUUUAGCCAAGAACUGAAUGGGAGGAGUGAAAGAAAGAUCUAAGUCAAAUGUGACUCCAAGACAUCGGGCAUGCGGGGUUGGUGUAAUGAUGGAGUUGUCGACAGUUAUAGAGAGACGGGAGGUGGAGAUUUAAGAAGAAGGAGGGAUAAUAAGGAGCUCAGUUUUGGAGAGAUUUAGCUUAAGGUAGUGAGAGGAUAUCCAGGAAGAGAUGUGAGAAAGACAGUUAGUGACACAGGUUAGCAAGGAAGGAGAUAGGUCUGUUGCAGAGUGGUAGAUUUGGGUGUCGUCAGCAUACAAAUGAUAUUGAAACCCAUGGGAACCUAAUGAUGAUGUGUGGUUGAGAAGAGAAGGGCAGAGUAGUAGGAGUUCAAGAUGAACUUGUAGUGAAGAAAGUCAGCUGAACUCCGAGAUUUUCUCCAGUGCCGCUCAGCAGUAUGGGAACAUCUGCGUAGGUACCAUGUCAGAGGAGUGUGCCAGGGCUGAGGGUGAGUGUGUGAUUUCCAAGCUAUGGUAGGAGGGGGCAGAUUGUCAAGGACCGAUGUAAGGGUGGAGUUAUAGUGGCAGACAGAUUGGUCAGGGCAGGAAAAGGAGGAAAUGGACACAUACUCAUUUCUCCUCCAUGCUGCCUCCUUCCUCCUCUCUGCUGCCUCCUUUCUCCUCUCUGCUCUAUGCUGCCUUUUUCCUCCUCCAUGCUAACUACUUCCUCCUCCAUUCUCUAUGCUGCCUCCUUCCUCCUCCAUGCUCUGUGCUGCCUCCUUCCUCCUCCCUGCUCUAUGCUGCCUCCUUCCUCCUCCAUGCAGCCUCCUUCUUCUUUCAUGCUCUAUGCUUCCUCCUGCCUGCAUUAUGCAACCUCCUGCCUGUUGUGUGCAACCUCCCAUAUUCUUCAUCCUCCAUGCAAAUUCCUUUGUCCUCUUUCCUCUCUGCUCCAUCCUCUCUCUUUCCUCUGCUCUUUCCUCUCUGCUCCAUCCUCCCUUCUUCAUGUAAACUACUGCAUUAUUUUUCUUUUUCUUCAGACUGCCACCAAUUUAAAUGCAGCUGAA